GUAUCGUCAGCUAUUACCAUUAUUAAAUAAUAGAAAUAUUUAUUAGUUAUAUUACAAGUGUAUGGUAGUUGAUUUCAUUUAUGUUGUUAUAGUACAAAUACAUGUGUUAAGUCUGUGUAUACGUUUUUGACCAAAAGAUCGCAAUAAUCGAAAUGGCACUACGUUGGGGAAUCGCAAGUGCGGGAAAAAUCUCUAAUGAUUUCGUUGCAGCAACUAAAUCUUUACCAAGUAGCGAACAUCAAGUGGUGGCUGUGGCCGCGCGAUCUCUCAAAAGUGCUCAGGAAUUUGCUAAGAAGCUAGAUAUACCGAAAGCAUAUGAAGGAUACCGAUCACUUGGAGAAGACAAAGACGUCGAUGUCGUUUAUAUUGGAACAUUAAACCCUCAACACUACGAAGUAGCGAAGUUGAUGUUGGAGCAUGGAAAACAUGUACUCUGUGAAAAACCGUUUACCAUUAACGAAAAACAGACUCGCGAACUCCUGGAGUUGUCGAAAAAGACGAAACUCUUCCUAAUGGAAGCUGUUUGGUCACGUUGCAAUCCGGUUUACGAUGAGUUAAAAAAACAAAUCGAUUCGGGCAUUAUUGGGGAGGUUUUAUACGUAAACGCAUGUUUCGGUUUUCCACUGGAUAAUGUGGAUCGUUUAAAUGUUAAAGAAAUGGGCGGUAGUGCCGUUCUCGAUCUGGGCGUUUACACAUUACAGUUCAUUCAGUAUGUAUUUAGAGGUCUAAAACCGAUCGAAGUAGCCAUUACUGGACAUUUGAACAAACAAAACGUUGAUGAAACCGCCGUUGCCGUUUUGAAAUAUCCCGGAGGUAGAACAGGAGUUGCAACGUGCAGCUCCCGCCUACAGUUAGAUAACGUGGCUGUAGUGAUUGGUACGAAAGGUACCAUCAGGGUCCCACAAUUUUGGACUCCUGUAAAACUUGAAACACCAAAUAAAACAUUUGAAUUUGAUAUGCCGAAAUCGAAUGCACAAUUCUUUUUUGGAAAUAGUAUCGGCCUUGCUUUCGAAGCCGAAGAAGUACGCCAAUGUAUAAAGAAAGGUUUAAUUGAAAGUCCUAAAAUCACUCAUGCAGAAACAUUGGAAUUGGCUCAAUUAAUGGACAUGAUCAGGUUGAAAAUAGGAAAUGUAUUCCCAGAAGAUUCGUAGAAAGUGUAUUCUAUUUUCUUAAUGAUAAAUAUAUGCAAUCGAUUUUUUGUUAUAAUUUAAAUAUCCGGAAUAAAGUAGUAGUUGCUUUUA